UUUAAAUAUGUCCCAACUCCCAAGUGCAGCAAUACAUUUCAUGUUCAAUGUCUUAACUUCUAACAAACGGACAACGUUGGAAGAGUCGUCACUCUGAGCCACCAUGGAUACAGACCAAGAAUGCAAAGCUCACUGUUUAAUCUUGCCCCAUCCGACCCAAGGUCACAUCAACCCGAUGCUCCAAUUCGCCAAGCGCUUAACCUGCAAACACAUCAAAGUCACUCUAGCACUUACCAGAUUCUUACUCAGCACCACGCCCGGGUUCUCCGGCGGAUCCAUAUCCGUCCGGGCAAUCUCCGACGGCUUCGACGAAGGCGGGCGGGCACAAGCCAAGAGCUCCGAUGAAUACCAGGCCCGGUUCCAGAAAAUCGGGCAAGAAACACUUGCUGACCUGCUCCAAGAUCUCGCGGGCUCGGGUUGCCCCGUGGACUGCGUGGUUUACGACCCGUUUAUGCCGUGGGCUUUGGAUGUGGCCAAGGGGUUGGGGUUGUUCGCGGCGGCGUUUUUCACGCAGUCGUGCGCGGUGGACAACAUUUAUCAUCAUGUGUACAGAGGGGAGCUGGAGCUGCCGCUUUCGGGCGGUGAAGUGGUGGUUCCCGGGUUGCCGGCGAUGAGACCCGACGAGAUGCCUUCGUUUAUUUACGAUCACGGGUCGUAUCCGGGGACUUUUCAAAUGGUUCUGAAUCAGUUCCGGAAUGUUGACAAGGCGGAUUGGAUCUUCAUCAACACUUUCGAUGAGUUGGAAGAAGAGGUACUCGAAUGGAUGUCAAGAUCGUUGCGGGUGAAGGCAAUAGGACCAGCCAUACCAUCAAUGUACUUAGACAAACGUUUGCAGGAUGACAGAGAAUAUGAUUUCACUAUCUUCAAGCCAGACACCAAUGCCUGCAAGAACUGGCUGAAUCAAAGACAACCUAAAUCAGUCAUUUAUGUCUCAUUUGGAAGUUUGGCUCAGUUAACUGCUGAGCAAACCCUAGAGCUAGCAUGCGCUCUGAGAGCCUGCGGCAACCAUUUCUUAUGGGUGGUCCGAUCAUCGGAAGAAGCUAAGCUUCCAGAAAACUUCUCAGAGGAGACGUCGGAGAAAGGACUGAUAGUGUCGUGGUGCCCUCAGCUAGAGGUGUUGGCACACGAGGCUGUAGCCUGCUUCAUCACGCACUGUGGCUGGAAUUCGACUCUCGAGAGCCUGAGUCUCGGGGUCCCUAUAGUGGGGAUGCCACAAUGGACUGACCAGAGCACGAACGCUAAGUUUGUGACAGAAGUCUGGGGGACUGGGAUUAGGGCUCAAGCGGAUGAGGAAGGAUUAGUGAGACGAGAAGAGAUAGUUCGCUGUGUGAAGAAUGUUAUGGAGGGGGAGGAAGGGAAGGUUGUUAGUACAAAUGCCGCCAAAUGGAGUAGUAUUGCCAGAGCGGCGGUAGAUGAGGGAGGGAGUUCCGAUAGAAAUAUUGAAGAAUUUGUUCGUGCGUUGACGAUGAAUCCUCGUACUGGGGUAAUUUGACCGAGACAUCUUAUACUAUAUCAUUUGUAUUUCACUGUAUGGAAUCUAAAAUUCACGUUAUAUAUUUCAAUUUUUCGUAUA